UCCUCCUCCUCCUCCUGUAAUCCGAGCGCGCUCUCGGACCGGCGACCACACUGUCACAGGACGCCGACGGGAGAAGACGACACAUGCGGAGACCACACGACACAGCACGGAAUGUCCAUGCGCGUUCAUAAGGAUUUAACGCUUUCGGGUUUGGCCGUGCGUGUCCGCAGGAGGUUUGACGGCAGAUUUUGAAGGGCACACGCGCACGCAUGCAUUUCUCAGCCAUUUCCACGAGCUUUGGGUCAUGAUCACAUCGCCCACGGUGACCGUCCUGAGACACAGCACUAAUUCAGCGUGGGAGAGCCGCUCCUCGCCCGGGGAGAGAGGCGCACCGAGCCCCGACAGCCGCCUGUACGCGCACCGCAGCACCACCGCCCCCAACAACUCCGUCGUCUCCUCUCCCGCAGACCCAAACCGCCAAGCCGGCCGUCUGCCUAUCAAGCUGCUAAAAAUGCUCACGGCCCGGGCAGGACACAUCAUCCACCCGGAGUACCUCCAGCCGCUGCCGUCCACGCCGAUAAGCCCCAUCGAGCUGGACGCCAAGAAGAGCCCACUGGCACUUUUGGCUCAAACAUGCUCCCAGAUCGGGAAGCCGGACCCCCCGGCCUCCUCCAAGCUUUCCUCUGUGGCGAGCGGCGGGGACAAGGAGAGCAAAGCCGGGCCGCUGAAGAUCAGCGACAUCGGCGCGGACGACAAGUCGAGCUUCAAGCCCUACGCCAAGUCGGCGUCAUCUUCGGACAGCAAGAAGGAGUCGAUCCUGAGCGGAGAUAAGAACGGUUUUCGGGUGCCGAGCGCCGCCUGCCCGCCGUUCACGCCCAGGACCGGCAGCCGGAGCGCGAGCCCCAGUUCUUGCGCCUCUGCCUCACCGCUGCCGUGUGACGGCAAACCGGCGGCGGAUAAGGACGACAAAAAGGAGUGCGAGCGCCAUAAAAAUGCGUCGUCGCCGGAGAGCGGCAGAACGAGUGGAAUUAGCCCCGAUGGCAGCCAGGAGAGCGUGCCCGGGUCAAAGGUCGUCACAACGGACUCGUCAUCCGUCACCUCGUCUGUGCUGGGCUCUGGACUGGUGGCUCCGGUUUCCCCCUACAAGCCCGGCCACACGGUUUUCCCCCUUUCCUACCCUGGGAGUUUAGCGGGCGCUUACGCGAGUUACGCGCAGCCCUUCCUGCCGCCGGGCAUGAGUCUGGAGCACGCCAAGUCCAGCAGUCAGCUCCUGAGUGCUCAGUUUGCGGCGUGCAGCAAGGCCGGGAGCAGCCCCAUGGCAAGGGCAUCCCCUCCCUCGCUCAUGUCCGCCGGCUUGUGUCGGGACCCGUACUGCCUCAGCUACCACUGCACCGGCCAUUUGUCGGUGACCUCCGGCGCCAACUGCGCGCACGACGCCGCCGCCUCGGCCCUCAAGUCGGGAUACCCGCUCGUGUACUCGGCGCACCCGCUGCACGGCGUGCCGUCGGCGGCGCCGUCCUUUGGCGGACACCCGCUGUAUCCGUACGGAUUCGUGCUGCCCAACGACCCGCUGCCCCACGUCUGCAACUGGGUGUCGGCCAACGGCGCGUGUGACAAGCGCUUCUCCAGCUCCGAGGAGCUGCUGGGCCACCUGCGGACUCACACGGCCUUCGCGGCCGGCUCGGAGAAGCUGCUCGCAGGCUACCCGGGCUCGUUAGGAGCCAUGGCCUGCCACGUGCAUUUGCCCUCCGGCGGCAGCCCGGUCAGCCCCGGCGCGGCGCUCGCCCUGCGAGGGAGCCCGCAUCACCCGCUCGGACUGGCCAGCCGCUAUCACCCGUACUCCAAGAGCCCCCUGCCCGCCCCGGGAGCCCCCGUGCCGAUGCCCGCCGCCACCGGAGCCUAUUACUCCCCGUACGCCUUGUACGGCCAAAGACUGACCACGGCCUCGGCUUUGGGCUACCAGUAGCGGACCGAAUGCAAAAUAUAGCGAUAUACACGUUUAUAAAGGAGAUUUAGGCCCAACGAGUUUUCUAUGUAGGGACGGACGGGAUCCAUGCAAGGGAUGGAUGAGUGUAUUUAUUUGAGAUAGCUUCAAGCGUGACUUCAAAAAAUAAAAAAGAAUUAUAAUAUCACU